AGCAGCAGCAGCAGCAGGCGAAGAAGCCGGCGGCGGCGGAGGACGUCGAGAUCAAGAAGGUCUUCUCCCGCUUCGACACGGACGGCGACGGCCGGAUCUCGCCGUCCGAGCUGGCGGCCGUGUCGCGCGCCAUCGCGCCGCCGGCCACCGAGUCCGCGCAGGGCCGCGAGGUGGCGUCCAUGAUGGACGAGCUCGACACCGACCGCGACGGCUACGUGGACCUCGGCGAGUUCGCCGCCUUCCACGGCCGCGGCCGCGAGGAGCGCGAGCUCGACGCCGAGCUGCGCGACGCCUUCGACGUCUACGACAUCAACGGCGACGGCCGCAUCUCCGUCGCCGAGCUCAGCAAGGUCCUGAGCCGCAUCGGCGAGGGAUGCAGCACCGAGGAGUGCGAGAAGAUGAUCGCCUCCGUCGACGUCGACGGCGACGGCUGCGUCGGAUUCGAGGAGUUCAAGAAGAUGAUGACCGCCGGUGACGCCGGCGCACCACCUCAACCCGAAGCGAUCGCCGUGCCUGACAGCAACAAACCCAAGAAGGAGUGAUACAUGUGCUUUUGCUUGUAAAAAAAUUGUAAUCCGAGGGAGCGAAUUAGUUGUCAGUCCCUGUUGGCCAUAGUCUUCUGGUCUGAAAAAAAAUGGGAAUAAGGAUCAAUGUGCAAUUGCCAUUGUCGUGCUGUACCUCUACGAUAACGGUUGUGUGUGCACGGUAGCAGUACUAGUACUAGAUAUUUUCUCCGAGUAUGGUCAUCUUGCUACUUCAUUUUCACAUGAAAAUGAAGUGCCAUGUUGAUGUUGAAGGGUGAUAAGCAUCCAUUAUCAAUGUUACUUGUAAUCGCAUUCGGCAAUAAAUGUGUUGUCAUCUUAUGAUGUUUCCUAUUC